AUGGUCAACUUAACAGGGCCAACUGUCCAAGUUCGCGAGGGCUCACUUCGCGGUCUACGAGACGUAUCAAAAUCUGGAAUCACAUUUUUGUCCUUUCUUGGUGUUCCGUACGCAAAGCCUCCCAUCGGCGAACGUCGAUUCAAAGGACCACAUCCUCCUAAUUCUUGGACUGGUGUCCGCGACGCGACAAAAGAGGGGCCCUGGUGUCCGCAAGCUUUGUGGUCGAGGAUGGUUCGUUUGCCGCUCAUGAAUGAAUAUGGCCGGCUUUUCACUGAUUUCGUGAGGGAACUGUCUCCCGAUACUGCAGAAGCGAUACCCGGGUUGCUUUGGGAUGGAAAACUGGCAAACAUUAAGAUGGACGAGGAUUGUCUCUCCCUUAAUGUGUAUACGCCUCAGGUUGAUCUGCCUGCUAAGUCCUUGCUGCCGGUCCUCGUCUUCUUCCACGGUGGUGCCUACCUUUGGGGAAGUGGCUCCAGAUUGAUGUAUGGUCCUGACUACCUGAUGGACCGCAGCGUAGUCGUCGUGGUCCCAAACUACCGCCUGGGAAUUUUAGGCUUCCUCGGCAGCAACACCUCCGACGCCCCGGGCAACGCGGGCCUCAAGGACCAGGUGCAGGCUCUGCGAUGGGUGAAGAAUAAUAUACGCAGUUUUGGCGGCGACCCGUCGAAAGUCACCAUAUAUGGCGAGUCCGCGGGCAGCGCCUCAGUUCACUACCACAUUCUGUCGCCUAUGUCCGCUGGUCUCUUCAGUGGUGCGAUAAUGUCCAGUAGUACGAGCCAGUCGGGAGUGUACCAGGGGAAGCCGUGGGACAUGAUGCGACGAACUACCAAGCUGUUUGGUGGCCCCUCCACCGCAAGUCCCUCUCAUAUGGUCAACUUUUUGAGGACCAUUCCGGCGUUGGUUCUAGCUGGUGGCUUCUUGGAAAUUGCCACUGAGGAUGAGAUAAAGCCGUUGGUGCCAACCCUCCCCUGUCGUGCCAUUGUCGAGCCAGCCAACAGUGGGGAACCAGCGUUCCUCGCAGAGGAUCCCAACGACCUCCUUGUUGCCGGCCGCUACACGAAAGUCCCCAUGAUCAUCGGAAGCAACUUGCACGAGGGCACCCUCUUCUUUGGCCCUUAAUACCGAGUAGCCCG